AUGACCGAAACGGAUGCUACAAGACGGCCUUUACAUAUGCCCGAAAAAUUCCUGCCAUAUUUGGAGAAGUAUAGGAUUUACAGAAUGUUCAAGGAUAUGCUGGACGACCUUAUUCUGGCGUUGCCACGGGAUCACCUGAAGCACAUGAAGGUAUUCCUCAGCCAACACAAGCACAGCACCAGGGACACCGACAGAGUUAUGGUGCUUGUUUCCCCUGAACUUAACAUCGACGUCAAGAGACUUGUGAAAGAAUUAAUAAAGGAUAUUGGAAUGUUUGUGGUGACCCGGCGCUUUAUUAUGGACAGAUAUGAAAACCAUGACGACUACGUACCAGGCUGUAUUUCGCCGGCCCUCAUGUCGGAGGUGACAAAGACCCUGACCCUCAAAGAACCGGUCCACACUGCAGGAUGGCUGAUGUUCGACCAUCCUUGCACUGUCCGCGAGGCUCGCUGUCUGCAGCAAGACGGCGUGCUGCCCACAGUGACCCUGGUACUGAUGCCGCCGCCGCCAGUAGCGCCGGUGCCUGACAACACCUCCACGCCCGCUCGCGGCUUCUUCCAACAAGACUUUGAAGGACUCAAAUACGUUUACAGAGCUACGCUGAAGGAGGUGCACAUCGACCCGGAUGACGACAUAGUGAAGAUCUCCAGCAAGUGUUUCAACGGCAUCCGCGCAUGCGCAGGCGGCGCGCAGGGGCCGGGGCAGGGGCACCAGGUGGUGGGCGCGCCGGGGGUCUACCGCGUGCUGCUGAUAGGGCCUCGAGGGUCUGGGCGCAAGACGCAGGCGCGCAUGCUCGCCCGGCACUUUGGUCUUGUGUAUAUUGACUUCACGGAGCUGUACCACAUCGCGAGGGAGAGGAACGACGACGCCGGUGAGAAGCUGCGCAACUACGGCAUCAGCCUGCAGCUUAAGGCAGAGAUCGUGCGCCGGCGCAUCAUGGAGAAGGAUUGCAUCGACCACGGCUGGGUCAUGACUGGCUACCCGGCUACUGGCAACGACUUCGAGAAUAUAGACAACAUGGAAACGCCGCCAAAUCGCGUAAUAAUCCUGAACUCGGACUGGGCGACGUGCAAGCAACGAGCACUGAACGUGGCCGUAGACUGGUGCACCGGCAAGCGAGUCCCGGCGGGCUCCGGGCCGCGCGCGCUUCUACACCCAGGCGAGACCGCGCAGCAGAUCGACGUAGAGUUAGACAACUUCUUCACGGAGGCCGCGGCGGAGCUCCGCGCAGCUGCCGGCAUUACCGCUGUGGAGAUCAACACUCAAGAGGAUACCAUCGAGGAAAUCCAAGUGAAGGUACAAGCAGCAGUGAUCGCCGCGCCGGCCUACGACAUCGUCAGCUGCCAACAACUGCGCAAUGUCCGGGGCGAUUAACUAGCGCAAACCACCGCUUUUUUUUCCAUUCAAUGUUUCGUUGUUAGUAAGACUUCCAUGGUUGAGCCACCGCGAGAAAUUAUUCGGUGGCCAGCCACGAAGGUGAGGUACUCUUGCAUAUUAUACAUAUUUUGCGCGACCUUGGUGUCCGAGUGAGAUUCCGUAAAAUAAGUGCUUCGGUUACUUCACUCUGCCUACCCCUUUAGGGGUUACAAGCGUGAG